AAUUUCUUAAUUUCCCCUCCAAUUUCUUCUCUUCUUCUUGUCUCUUCUUGUGUUUUUCUCUCUCUUCCUCCGCAGCUAAGCUUCAGCUUGGAGGGUCCAUGGUCCACUUUCUGGAUCUCACCGUCACCGCCACCGUCACACCUUUUCAAUGCUUCUUCAACCUCUCCUCUUCCCCGUGACUCACUGGCGCGGGAAAAUACCUCUUCCUCCCCAACCUUCUCGUUUCGAUCUCGAUUCUGCCUGAGAUUCUUCUCUCUCUGUUCCCGAGUUUUAGGGUUUUGACGAAGACCGGGUAGCACGCGCGCUCACGACGUCGUUUCGUUUGAACGCGAGGCAUGAUGCCGGGACACCGCUCGAAGUCGGAGAAGCAUGACGGCGGCGAGAAGCAGCUCCGGCGGGACCCCUACGAGGUCCUUGGGGUCUCGCGCAACUCUACGGAUCAGGAAAUCAAAACCGCGUACCGAAAAAUGGCGCUCAAAUAUCAUCCGGACAAGAAUGCAAAUGAUCCUAAAGCAGCUGAUAUGUUUAAAGAGGUUACCUUUUCUUAUAAUAUCCUCUCAGAUCCUGACAAACGGCGUCAAUAUGACUCGGCUGGCUUUGAGGCUGUUGAAUCAGACAACCAAGAGUUGGAGUUAGAUCUUUCAAGUUUGGGGGCUGUCAAUACAAUGUUUGCAGCGCUUUUUAGUAAACUUGGUGUGCCAAUUAAGACAACUGUAUCUGCAUCUGUUUUGGAAGAGGCACUCAAUGGUUUAGUGACCAUUCGUCCGCUUCCAUUAGGUCAUUAUGUAUCUAAAAGGGUUGAGAAGCAAUGUGCACACUUCUAUUCAGUUACAAUAACAGAAGAGGAAGCACGAGCUGGAUUUGUUUGUCGAGUACAUUCAUCAGACAAAAGCAAGUUCAAGUUACUAUAUUUUGAUCAGGAAGACAAUGGUGGUUUAAGUCUUGCACUCCAGGAAGACAGUGCAAAAACAGGGAAGGUUACCUCUGCUGGGAUGUUCUUUCUUGGGUUUCCUGUUUAUAGAUUGGACCAAACAAUGAACUCUAUAGCUGCUGCUAAGGAUCCAGAUACAUCGUUUUUCAGAAAGCUGGAUGGGUUUCAGCCUUGUGAAUUAAAUGAAUUGAAGGCUGGUACCCAUGUAUUUGCUGUUUAUGGUGACAACUUUUUCAAAAGUGCAAAUUAUACAAUAGAAGCCCUAUGUGCUGCACCUUUUAGUGAAGAAAAAGAAAAUUUAAGAAGUAUAGAAGCUCAAAUCUUGUCUAAAAGGGCCGAAAUAUCAAAGUUUGAGGCAGAAUAUCGAGAGGUUCUGGCUCAAUUCUCAGAGAUGACAAGUAGAUAUGCACAUGAAAUUCAAUCAGUGAGUUCUUAUUUUAAAACGGUUUUUUGUGCAGCAUUCCACCGACCCCCUCUUUGGGGCAAAAAUUCAUCAAAAAUGGAAAACACUGAAGUUUUGCUAUUUAUUCCUUUGCAGAUUGACGAACUACUGAAGCAUAGGAAUGAAAUACAUGCAUCAUACACUAUUACUCCCUUUAAACGGAGUACAAGUAAGAGCAGAAGUAAAAGUUCUUCCAAGGAAAACAAAGAAGAUGGCCAAACAAGAGAGAAGAGGAGUACAAGAGAUCGGCCAAAGAAGAAGAAAUGGUAUAACAUCCACUUAAGAGUCGAUAAGAGAAAGGCUUGCUAAGGUGAGAAUUGGAAAAUUAAGAAUUCCACUGUAAAACUAUAAUCAGUUGAUCUGGAUCCUUUUGAUUGUUUAGUCGUACAAGUUAAAGAAGAAGCCCUUGACAAAGCAAUAUAAAAUAUUGUUGGAAGGUUUUCAGUCUAUCACUCAAGCUUGUCAGGGAUGACAACAACUCAUUGUUUAUGUAUAAAUCCAUUUCCCCUUUCCUUUUAUUUCUCUCCAUGUAGCUCAUCUUAAGAAUUCGUACUUGUAAAUUGUUUGAUUUAUUGAUGAAGAAUGAUUAACUCUCUGCGGCUUGUAAUUUUGUUUACAAGUAAUGGCAAAUCAUUGGAGGAUAGGGUCAUGUA